AAGGCUAUCUGCUGCGCCUGGUAUCGUUCGCCAAUUGCUCAUUGCUCUGGUGCUAGAGAGCAAAGCAUCCGUCCGUAUUGGGCCAGACGAAUUGGUAAAAUUGCCGACUGGCAAUGACAACGUCUUCUAUUUAACAUCAAGGGAUAAAUCCCGAAAUUGCUCAGUCUGUUUUUGUAUACGGGCGUUAAAUGUUCGUUGAGCGGCGGAAGUGCGUCGGCUGGUUUCUUUCUACUUUAUUUUUGUUGGCAAUUUACAAGUGAAUUUGUUUUGCAAGCAAAUCCAAAGUGCUAUGGCUUGAAUUUUCAGCAGCAGUAUUACAAAAAGCAUAUUAGAAGGAAACCCGCAUUAAAAGCUUUAAUUUGAAGUGAAUCCCAAAUGAUUUUUAAUAAGUUAACAAAUAAUUGACAGCACAUGCAACAAUUAUAAAACAACAACAAGAAACUGUAAAGUAAAUUUUAGUGUUCGGAAAACGAUUACGUCUCGUUUUCGUUUACAGCCUGUGCUCAUAUAUUGGUGUCUCUGUGUGUGUGUGCGUGUCGCUUAGUUGUGGCUUGUGGCGUAAAAUGCCGCUGUGGGCCACCACUUUUUUAUGAUGGAGACAUUCCUUGUCCUUGGGUUAUGUUUCAUAAUAUAUGAAGCACUGGAUUUCUUUCAAGGAUGCCUGCAUAGUACGUCACCGAAUUCGACCGAUCAAAUCGAGGCCUAUCGCCGCCAAUUGGACGAGCAGCGACAACAGCUGCAGCAAGAGCAAUUCAUAGCGAAUUUAACGCCGCUCUUGGGCGCCCAGCUGUUGGCCGCCACCUCCAGCGUUUCGCUGACGCCCAGCGAUUCCACCGCCAGCAUCAUAAGUGAACAGUUACGUGCACAACAACAACGCGAACAACUCGAACAACAGCUAGAGGGCAGUAUACGCGGCAGUAGCAGCGGCGCACCCAGCAACGCCGGCGACAAUUCGUUGAGUACGCCAGCUUUGCAUAGCAGCGGUUUGGGCAGCACUUUCGGCUCGGCCGCUGGUAGCGGGAGCUUGAGUGUGGCCAGUGGUAAUAGCAGCGGCGCCGCAUUUCGUCCCGCCUAUCGUAGCGCUUACGAAUCGCAAGAAUUGUACGCGACUUCAUCACUACCGCGCGACUACUACUUCCUGCAACAACAACAGCAAAAGAAUAAGCAUUCAGCGCGCUCGCUCUUCUCGAAGUUCGGCGCUUCCAACUCGGAUAAUCGAAUUUUUCCCGAGACCACAGCGGUGCUGGGCGUACCUGCGGGCGUGAUUACACAACAGCCAGCGGCGAGUGUGAAUCAUUUUGAGUGCUUGCCGCCAGCGACUGUGCCUGCCUCGCCAUUGGCUGUGGACUUGAAGCGCGCCAUAUUGAGUAACAAUAACAAAAAUAGAAACAGUAAUAACAACAAAACGUACAACGAACGUAGACGCGCAGCGUGUGCGGUAGAAAGUGUGCUGGUGCAUGGUGUAGCGGUGAUUGCCAGUCCGUCGCGUGAUCCGCCAAAUCCUACAGGAAUAGCUACAACAACCACUUCGGUUAAACGUGCAAUUCAACGAAAUCGUAACGCCAACGCGACCGCUACACAUACGACUGCGCACGACAGUGACGGCAGUACAUCGGAUUGUGAAUCGGAUACGAGCGGUGAUUCGUCUGACUCGUCGGCAUCCGCCUCGGCCGGUUCGGCGUCGCUCGCCUCGUGCGGUGAGGACAGUGAUCCCGGUUUGGGUGAGGAACGCGAGUUCGGUUUGUCCAAUUCGUGUUCGUCGUCGCAUGCGGACUUUCGGGAAAUCGAAUGUGAGCGGCUAAGACGCAAGUGUGUGAGUGUAAAACGCAUCUAUAGUAUAUCGGAGAAGUUUUGAAUACCUAAAAGCAACUGAAAUUCGAAGUGCAAAAAAAAGUUGGUAACUGUAAAGUGUUGAAAAAAAAAUUUUGGAAAAAG